UCAAAUUGCCGACCAGUCGGUGCGCCUCGCGACUGCUAACGUAACGUGCGUCGUCGUCUCCUUCGCCCGCAGUCGAUGUAACAGAACAAAAACGAUCGGAAAUCGAUACGAUUUUAAGAUUUAGAACUAUUUUUUUCAGCACACGCGUGCUUAAAAAAUACCCACCGCGUCUGAUAGAGAGUGUCUACGUGAAUACAUAAUAACAACAUUUUCGUUUUCGCAGUCGUACCCGGAAGUGUCUGUGUUCGCGCACGAUACGGACGUCCGAUUUGCGAAGAUCACGAAGAUCCGAGUGCGCGGUGUAUAAUAGCAACAAUAAUAAUAUUGUCGCGUCGCUCUUCAUCCGUUAGUCCGUCGGCACGGCUGGCAGAGAACACGGGCAAAGAGAAUGAAAAUGAGAUGAGUGUAGAGGCCGAGCAUGGCGGGUGUUGGGACAGUUGCGUGCGGCUCAUGUGCCACAAUCACUCGUCGUCGCAGCCGUCGGACCACCGACAUCCCUACCCUGCCCGUCACCUCUACGCCAACGGCAACAAAAACGGCUUGAACGGACACGUCAAAGAUGGGAUCGCCAGGAACGUGGCGAAGACCAACGGGGUCAGGCCAGAGGAGAAGAUCUCCACCGUGUCCAGGGGUUAUUGGACUGUGGAGAGGCCAAGGCAGCAGCCCAACUAUCACGCGGUGCGCCGUUCGUGCCGUGAACGAGGCGCCCUGUUCGAGGAUCCCGACUUUGCGGCCGGUCCCAAGUGCCUGUACAGGAACAAGAGGCCUGCAGUUCAACCCAUCGUAUGGAUGCGACCGCACGAAAUGUGCCAGAGGCCCAAGUUUAUGGUGGACUCGACGCGGUUGGUGUCCCAGGGAAACGGAGUGGUUUCGACUGGUGCGGGCGGAGGCAGUGGAGGAAGUGCUGGCGGCGAACCGACUCGCAACGGUACCAUCGGCGGCGGUGGCGGACGAUGCGGCGUUGAGCCCGGCGAACUCGGCGACCACAGCUUUUUGGCCGCCGUUUCGUCACUGACUCUCACGCCAAAGUUCCUCGACAGGGUCGUACCUCUCGAUCAAUCGUUCGACCCCACCACGUCCUAUUGUGGGCUCUUCAGGUUUCGGUUUUGGUAUUUCGGUGAAUGGAAAGAAGUGUUGGUUGACGACAAGCUGCCCACGUACAGGGGACGAUUGGUUUACAUGCGUUCCACCAAUCCUACCGAAUUCUGGGCUGCGUUGUUGGAAAAAGCAUACGCAAAAUUGUACGGCUGCUACGAAAACAUCAGCGGAGCUGGAUGCUCGACUACUAGAGCACUGCAGGACCUGACCGGCGGAAUCGUCCAGAGUUUCGGCCUUUCCAACCAAGAUCGGUUCCUAACGUAUCAAGUGCUCAACAGCGCCGUGCCUAGGUCGUCAUUGCUCAUAUCCACCAUAACCCUGAAGGAGAACAAAAGACAACUGAGACUGCGGAACGGUCUAAUGACACAUCACGCGUACAGCGUCACGGGUUUGGCACGAGUCCGGGGUCCGUUGGGCGACACCCCGCUGGUGAGGCUGAGAAAUCCUUGGGGCGAAGGUGAGUGGACCGGUCCUUGGAGCGAGAGGAGUUGGGAAUGGGACGGCCUGUCAGGCAGAGACAAGGAGCUGCUCAGCGUCCGGGUGCGGAACGACGGCGAAUUUUGGAUGUCUUUCGAGGAUUUCGCCAGGCAUUUCACGCAGCUGGACAUCGUGCACAUCAGCCCGGACGACUGGAUGACCGAACCGGCGUUGCAUUCGAAGCAGCCGUGGCGGGCAGUGCUGGCAAGAAGACGGUGGAGGAGCGGAUAUAAUGCGGGCGGUGGUCCUGGACAUCCGGAAACGACGGCCAUGAAUCCCCAGUUCCACAUCGGCAUACCCAGGACUUCGGGCAACAAGUGUCACGUGGUCGUGUCCGUCGUUCAGCAAUACGAAACCGAUCCGGAAGCCAAAGGGGCAAGGCCUCUGUUCGCCAUUGGUUUUGCGGUCUACGAAGUGCCUCAUUCCACGUCCAGGCUGACGCCGCAGUUCGUGGCACAACAGCAACCGCUGGAUGUGACCAACCAUUCCGUGGCGAGAGAAGUGGUGACGUUCUUCACGUUACCUCCUGGCGAUUACAUUGUCGUCCCGCAAACGAACGUGCCCAACUGCGACGCCAAAUUUUUACUGCGAAUAUUGACGGACGAACAGAGUAACAUAUGGGAGGUGAACGACGACAACAUGGUGUUCAAAAAUAUCUCGGCCGAGUUUCUGGAAGACACUGUGAUAUUACCGGACGGAAAGCCACUCUUAACUAAGCUCAUGGUCAAAUAUCCACCGGAACUGGACGUGAUCCAGUUGCAAAAAAUACUGCGGACACAUUGGAAGGCGUAUUUGGCGGAAAAACCCAGUCUGGAGCUCUGCAAGAGCCUGAUAAUGUUGAGGGACGUCAACAUUAGUGGUCGUAUCAACGUGUUAGACAUACCUGUGCUAAUGCACAUGUUGCAGUUCUGGAAGAUAGCAUUCCAAAAGUUCGAAAAAGGCGUGAACCCCACAAAGACGUCCAGUUACAACCUCAGACCUCUGCUUUGGGAAGCUGGUAGCACUGUCAGCAACAAAGUGCUUGAAUGUCUGGUACUGAGAUUCGCCAAGAGCCGGAUCCUGACUUCGGAGUGUUUCAUCAUGGCUAUGGUUCGACUGCACUUGGCUCAUGAACGGUAUCACAGUUUGGACACGAAAAUGAGCAAGGGAAACCCAUUGUCGUUAGAAGAGUUGAUCUUGAUGACUAUCUACUCGUGAUUUUGGGCCCAUCGACAUGUACCAAAGAUGAAAGAUAGUGCCAGUCAUUAAGUGAUAUAUUAUUACGUUAAAACCAGACAAUACGUUCAACUCGUACGGUUCUAAUUAUUAUAUUAUUAUUAUUAGUAUAAUUAUUAUAAUUAUUAAUAUUUUUGAUUUCUAGUUUUUACAUAAUCAUAAUCAAAUCAGGCAUUAUAACACGUAUAGUAUUUUUAAUAUAGGUAUUCCGCCUGUUUCGUAUAUUAUUAUCUUAUAAUGUAUAAUUGUUAUUUUGUUUAAACGAUGUGUGUACGCGUUAUUGAAUCGAUAACCCCAAACUGCUGGCCAAAGCGAAUAAUUUAUUUUUGUAAUUAUUUUUAGUAUAAUAAACUUUGUUAUGUUAUUUUAUUCCAAAUAUUGUUGUGUUAUGAAAAUAUUUAAUUUGUGAAUGAUCAUUUAACGAUGUAUCUACACGUAGUAUACUUUAAUGGCAAAUAAAUAGUCGAUAGAAAUAGUUAAGUAACUAAUCGAGAAAUAGGAGACUAUAAAGAAUUCACCAUAGUUAAAAAAAAUACAUUUACGUUAUUUUA